AUUAUAGAAAUUUUCACACCAACUUGCCGGUUGGAUGAAUUGCAGUCUGAUCCGGAUGAUAAGUUUGUGGAGAGGUCUGGGAUGAAUGAUGAGGCAGGUCCUGGGAGGAAUGACGUAAGAAGGGAUGAAGCUCUUGAUAUAUCCAGAGAAAUGUUGAAAAUUUUAUCAGACCAAACUCAGGGAAACAACAGUGGAGUAGAUUUGAUGAAUAAGAUGGCGGGAAUUGAAGAGAAAAUUAAAAAUCAUAUCAAAGGAAACAUUGAACCUUUAGAUACAUUACCACAGGAUACAACGGAUUGUGAUACAGCAAUAUGUGAUAAAAUAAGUUCUUCAAGUGAAUUUUUUAGCAAAGUGACAACGGAUUGUUCUAACGUGGAUGUCGAAGGCAGUUGUAAAAAAGUUGUCUUUGUCGGAAAUCUUAGUGGAGAAACAUUUGUCGACGAAUCUGAUAGUGAUGAUCAUAGUUCAAAAAUUGAGAAAGCUCUUGAAAAUCCACAAAAACCGGUUCGUCCUCCAUAUUUGCGGAAACUGUCCGAGGUUUUGCCCCAGUUUCCGGAUCCAGAUCUUCCAGACUCUACGGUACUUCCGGAUAGCGUAUUGAGGCUGUGGGCAGCUGAACUAGCGCAGGUGCUGACUUCUCUACACUUCAGAGAGAUAAUAAUCAAGGAUUUAAACCCUGAGAAUGUACUGUUAGACUGUUCUGGACAUAUUAAGCUAAGUUAUCAAUGUGAAUGGAUAAGUGUUGAGAGAGAACUAUCAAAACAUGCAGUUCGGGGCAAUUAUACAGCUCCAGAGGUAUUAACUGUGUCUGAAAUAACCCCUGCUGCUGAUUGGUGGAGCUACGGAGCUAUUCUUCUACUCCUUUAUACAGGUUCUGGGCCUGUGUCUCUGAUACCUAGUGGCCUGGAUUCCACAAUUCCUAUAGAAUAUCCAGAAUGCAUGCCAUUAGAUGCCAAGCUCUUUAUAUCCUCUCUUCUACAGGUGUAUCCUGGGAAUAGGUUGGGAGCUGGCUCCACUGGAUCCCUAGAUGUUCAGCAGCAUCCAUAUUUUGUAAACUUUGACUGGACAAGGAUGAAGCAUAAGAAAAGAUGAAGCAUAUUUCUACUCUAAUCUUGAAGGACGGAUUUCCAUGAAUUCAUAAUUCACUAAAAUAUCUUAUCUUGAAGGCUUAAACCUGGAUAUUAAAACAAAAUAAAAAUUUUCCCUGUGGCAUUAACAAUCAAUAAUACGCUUAAAUAAUAAAUAAGUCAAUUUUCUAGUAAUAGUUUCUAAUCGUAUGAAUAAGGCAUUCACUGUUUUUGCUCCUCCUCAAUAUAUUUUACUUAUAGAAAAAAAAACAGGCAAGUUAAGAAAUUCUCAGGAGUUAUGGGAUAACUUCAAGAUAAUCAUUUAUCAUGUUUUAAGAUAGAUUUUUUAGCCUUAUUUAAAUUCUUUUUAUUGCAGAAUGCUAGUCCCUACAUGUGAUAUUUGUAUGAUCAUAUCCCUGCUGGCUACGUACUGUACUGUACUGUGCUGCUAAUGAUGUACCAAUCCUGUUAUUUUCGUUUUUUGUCGUCUUCACAUUUGAAUUGAAUUUUUGUGUACUCUAAGGGAAUCGCCCCUAACAAAAAAAAUAAUUAAUGAAAUUUAACCAUGGGUUAGAGAGAUUGAAAACUGGAAAAAGUGGAAGUUUAAAUUUUGAGAUCGUUAAAUGCAAGAGCGUAUACAGGGGGGGUUAGGGGGCAGUGCCCCCUAGACCUGUAAGGGGGGGGGGCGUAGCUUCCCUAGAACUCGGAGCUUUCACACUUUUCAAAUCUUAAACUCAAGAGUUAAGAACAUAAAACAGAAGAGCAGCAAAAUAAUUUAUUUUGCUGUUCAUUAAGUGCACUAUGAAGAUUGUAUACGGAGCCACCAUGACAGAAGUCCAAAUGAAAAAUUUAUCUAGAAUGCACAUUCAUCCUAAUCGGAUGGGCGCUAUCAGAGAUAGGGAAGUAAAACAAUUAUUUUUAAAUGCCAAGCCUCAAAGUCUUGAGUUUGGACUUUUAGAGUGAGUAAAAGUCCAUUUUUUAAAAUUUGUAUUUAAUUUACUUUAUUCUUGCACCACCGUUUUGUAAUCUUUCUUUUUAUUACAAACUAGCUAGAGUGCCAGGCGUUGCCCGUUGAAUUUAAAAAUCGAAUUAAAACAAAAAAACUUUUAAUUUAUUUAGCUUAUGUCAUCCCCAAGGGUAUCAUGAGUUUCCUCGCUAAAAUUUAUCCCAUAUGAUUCAGCCGUUUGGCCAGCCAUAGAAACAUAUAAAUGAACGUAUACAUAUACAGAAACUUUUAUAAGUCAUAAUUAUUUUCUGGACCUUUGCCCUUCUUUCAUUUCAUAGAAUCAAGUUUAAGUUGUGUUUUUCAUUUUAAAAAAUGUCUUUUACUAUCUUUAGUUUAAAUACUAAUUAUUACAGUAUAAUAAAAUGUCGAUUUUUUAGAAGCAAUGCUUCAUUUUCUGCUAGUUUUGUUUGAAGGAGAGAUGAAGUAUAAUACGUGCAAGGCAAAUAGAAUAUGAAGUACAAUAGGUGGCAAUAGAGAACUAGACCAAUUAUACACAACGUCACAAGUGUCAAAUAUAACAAGGAAAGCGAAAUUUUCUCAAAUUAGUUGACAUGUUUUCCAAGAUUAAAUAAAUUAAGUGUAAAAACAGAAAAUAAAGAACACAUAAAAUUACAUUUUUUUAUUGUAAGAUAAUAACUUUUAUUCUAAAAUUAUCACUAAUAUUGACAAUUUUGUCGGGCACAAAAACUAUGUUGACACUUGUGACGUAAGAAUACAGAUGUAAGAGUGUGCAAAUUUUACGUUGCCAUAUAUUGUACUAGAAUCUAUUUGCAUGCAAGGUAAUUUCUAACGCUCUUAGAGCAAAACGCCUUAAGUAAAAAAUGUUUUUUCAGACCCUCUAGACUCCAUUUUUACAAUAAAAAGAAAUGGCUCUUCCUGUCUCACGACGGUCUAAACCCAGCUCACGUUCCCUAUUGGCGGGUG